AUGACUAGGUUUGUCACCGGUGUUGCCGACCUUGUGAAAGAAGAGUGUCGUACGGCCAUUCUCCUUGGUGACAUGAACUUGUAUAGACUCAUGGUGUAUGCUCAAUCUAUUGAGGAGUCCAAGCUUAAUAGGAUUUCUAAAAACUUGAAGAUAAUAGACCAAGGGGAAGGUGGUAGUAGUUCUCAAGGUGUUAAAACUAUUUGUGUUACUUGUGGGAAGAAGAACUUUGGGAAGUGUCUAUUUCGUAACGGAAAUUGCUUUGGUUGUGGUAAGGAUGGACAUAAGGUGAGGGAUUGCGAUAAUGAUUCAUAUAGAGGGGGAGAAGCUAAGCAAGAUCCUCCUAGUGCUCCAGAAGGUGGUGCUCCAAAGAGGAAUCACAUAUAUGCAAUGCGAGCAAGAGGAUCAAAGCCGGAUGAUGAAGAUGAUGUUGAUAAGUUAUAG